AUGAAUGUGAUCGAAUUAUGCCCAUUAUCCAUACCCGGCGAUGAGUGUAAGCGUUGCAAAGUCGAGACGCGCACUGGCGGUAAAGAUUUCUCAUGCCAUUGUGGUGCCAAAACGAUUUGGCUUGGCCACGGUCGUGUGAGAAUUGCACAAGCUCACUGGGCCACUGAUACUUGCAAAGACAAGACCGAAAACCUCAAGAACAACACUCAGUUGACUAGUUUUUUCAAAAGUUCUACAUCGAAGCCUAAUUUGAUCACGGUAGCUUGUCCAGGACUCAACGACCAAACUUGGAUACGACGAAAAGCCACGCACUCAAUUGCCGAUUUUAUCUCAAAGACGUUCAGCAUCUAUCGUGGAAAUCACCGACACGAUAUCUGCAGGGAGCUAUUUGGAAAGAACGCUCAAGAGAAUCAGUUGACCAAAGCCCAAAAGUCACAAUUACUUGCAACAUUAGACGCUCGAUCAACAUGGCAAGUCAAGAGACACAGAGAACGGAGUGCGAUCUAUUCGAGUGACUGCAAAAGGACCUUACUUUGCAAGAAAAGCCACGAUAAUCUUGUAUGUAGCUCUUGUCAAGAACUCAAAGCGAACCGUAGCUUGUUAAAAGCACUCAACUCGGAUUAUGCAAAAGACGACGAAAUCAAGUACUCUCGAAAUGAUUACAUUUCUUCAAAUGGUGAUUUCGCCAAUUUUAUGACGGUUGUUGCCGCUUCGGCUCGAAAUGGACUCUUUUCCAAUUGUGACGCAACUCGUGGUUUGAUCAAGGCGGUGGCGAUUAAGGCUGAACGUGAAAACAAUGGAAAGUCAACACGAGGCAUGAGAAUUGACUCAUGCCUAGAUGAAUUCGUGAUGACUUUAGGUGCCAUCAGCCCACGGGCUUUAAACCUUUUCAACGACAACUUCGCCGGUCGUGGCAAUCGAAGUCUACGAAUGAUACGCGCCAAAGAAGGAUUUCAUCUAGUUGACGGUCUUCACAUCGACAAUUUCACUCGAAUUGCUCAAGUUUUGAAGGAUCUUGGCUAUUCAGGACCGAUUGCAGCUGCAUCUGAUCAGACUGUCUGUGUCAAGCGUCUUCGCCACCAUAAUGGCUUUUUGGUUGGGGCUCAAGGAGGUGACAUCUCUUUCACCGAUGCUUCUGAGCUUCCAGACCUGGUCAAAAACAUCGUGAAGAACAAAGAACUCUGUUCUAAAAUUCGAGCGUAUACACUUCAAGUUCCAUUACCUAACAUCCCUACUUUCAUAGUGGCUUUAAUUGCUAGUUGCGAUAAGGAGACCUCUAAUGACAUAUUAGAAGGCCACAUGAAGUUUUUGGAAUUAUCCCGCGAAGCAGGUCUCAACAUUCUUUCAAUUGGUGCAGAUGGUGCUCCAAUAGAACUAUCUGCUCAAGGUUCACUAGCCAAAUCAGCGGACCACUACUUCACCUACUCAAACCCAACUUACAAUGUCCAUAUUCAAAUUCCCCUAGUAGGCCAUCCUCCUCGACCGGUGGUCAUGGUUCAAGACCCUAAACACGCUCGCAAAACAAGUGCCAAUCAGCUGGCCUCUGGAGCUCGUCUUCUCACCAUUGGAAACUAUCAUAUCUCAAUUCAACAACUCGCAGCAAUUCUUCAGUCGGGCCGCAGUCCACUCCUUCAUAGGGAUGUAUUUGACUGCGACAAACAAGACGAUGGACGAGCCUUUCGCACCUUAAGCUCCUCGACACUGGCCGUUUCGCUCGCCAACAAAGAGAUGCUCGGUUUGUCAAUCUACCUCUACGUCGUUGGAGAGAUGUGUGACGCUUGGUUAAACCGGUCAAUUGGUCAUCGCGAACGUAUUCGAUCAGCGUGGACUGCCGAGUUCUUCUUCAGGCACUGGAGGAAGUACCUCCUCAAAAGACAAUCCGAACCUCACAAGCUCAUGAGUUUCUCUCAAAAUUCUCAUCGAGAGUUCUAUCCGACCUGUCCUCUACUUCCAUGGAAACAUGGGAGUGAACCAUGUGAGCAUAGCUUUGGCUGGAUGCGCGUGAUAUCUCCGCGAUUCACUGUGCUUGAUGCUAGGAUGAUGAUGCCUAAGAUACAUCUAAUCGUGAAAAACAUAAUGUCAGGCAAAAUGAAGAUCCCUCCAUCUGAACAUAUGCAUUCUGGCUAUCAGUAUGCAUUUAGCGACGAACCUGACACCAAUAAUCUAAAGAUACUUACCGAAUUCCCUUCAGAUAUCGAGAUACAUGAAGAUCUGAAGACUGCGUAUGAACGAGCUGAUCAUCUGGUCACAAUUUCUGGAAUGGGUUCACUCAAUAGUCUGAUCUGUGACACUCCAGGCGUAGAAGUGGAGGAUUCAUAUGAAAUCAUACCCGAAAACCUGUCAGAUGUAUCGGUCUGCGCCACACAGAACUAUGAUAUAGAUUAUGUAUAUAAAGUUGGUAGUUGUCCUGAAAAGGAAGCGCUUGAAGCAGCAGCCCUCCUGACCAAGGAACAAAACACCAUCGACCUAUUUCUUGACACCUUACCCGAAAAUUCUGAAAGUGAAUGUUUGAAAAACGCAGCUAUGAGUAUAUCGAACCUCCUCAAUCCAGCCUGUAAGCCCAUGACGUUCAUACAUAAAGAAAGUCCUAAGAAAGAGUUGACACAACAUAACUAA